AAAAGAAACUCAACUUUGCAUCAGAGUCAUGAAAGGAUUCAUGUUGUGUUUUCUAGAGUGAUAUUCUGUGGCGUUUUGGUUAAAUAAUUGACUGAAGAUAAUGUGACUAGAAUCAGUAAUGAAAGACCAUGGCGUGCGUUGACCCUCACCAGUGAGACCUUCAAACUUUAAAGGCCCAAAAGAUCUGAGAAACUCAGCUGACUUGCACCUUUUAAACUGGCAGCAGAUGAACGAGAGCUGAAUUCUUACUGACUCUCAGCAUCAUGUCCAGGUUCUCCAAAAUGCUGAAGGCAAAGAAGCGAGAGCGAGCGGAGAGGAAGAAAGCCAAGGCUCUCUCCAGAAGGCUGAUGGACACCGUCAGGAUGAAAGAGUUCGACAGAGCGAAGCUGACCGGGCUCCACAUCGCUUGUUUGAAUGGUCACCUGUCUACGAUCCGCCGCCUGGUAGAGUCCGGUGUGUGUUGCAUUGACAGCAGAGGCUGCCAAGGGCACCGGCCCAUUCACAUGGUUCUGUCAGCACAUAGCGCCCCCAACACCAUCCACUGCCUCAAGUACCUCCUGAACAAGGGAGCCAACGUCAACGUCCUCACAGAUGCCGGACUCACGCCCCUGCACCAGGCCGCCUCCCGGGGCCUCCUGGACUGCACGCAGAUUCUAGUCAAGGCUGGAGCCAACGUCUUUUCUAAGGACAGAAUGGGACUGACUCCUCUGGACCUGGCGCGCAUCUGGGGCCACCAGAAGGUUGCGAGGUAUCUGAGGACCUGCAUGUGGCUCGGAGACAAGAUGAAGGAGACGGAGGAGAGGAAGGAGGUGGAGCUUCUCUACUAUGAGCUGCUGGAGUCAGACAAAGAUUACAGAGAGGAGCUGUCCAAAGUAAUAGUGAGUGAAUGGGCCAACAGGAAAGGGGUGACCCUGCACAAAGCUCCCAGAAGAAGCCACAGCACACCUGGAAGGUUCCACACAAGGUGUGCGCUAUCGCCACCGACUCCGCCCCUCAGACCCUGGGCCAUCUACUCAGCCUGUCAGCCACCAGAAAUCUAUAGAGACCCCGACCUGCGCAAGAGCGUGAUGGUGUGGUGGGAAAACAGAAUGCAGAAGUUCAUGUACAACACCAGGUGGGACAGGAAAGCGUACUCUGCUCCUCAAUUGGACCUGGACAUCCUGAGGAGGGUGCUGUUUCCACGAGACUUCUACCACAGGGUUCCCUUUAACGCAGUGACUCGUGACAUCAUGCAAGUGCCACGUCGAGCAAAUCGUUGUUGACACAGUUGGGUCAUGUUGGAAAAGCCUUUUUUGUUUGGUAUCAGAAAACAGACAAAAAGCCAAAUUUAAAAUAGACUUGCAUAAUCGGUGACUACGUAUAUGCCACAAGCUUGUUUGCUUGUUCUUUGACACCAUAGUUACAUUAUCACGGAGGAUAACAUAGGUCGGUUGUUCCUCUUCAAAUCUAGCUUUAGUAUGUCCAAUAUGAAGCACCUGACAACUAACAAUUCCGUUUCUGCUUUCACUGGAUGAGACUUCAAAACUUCAUUUUGAAGUGUUAAUUCAACAGAUCCAGAGAUGAAAAUGGAUUUUGAGCACCUGCUGCAGCAACGUUCCUGCUGGUUCUGGAUGUCCUAGAGAGCUAUAAUGUAAAACUCGACACAUCUGAGCAGGAUACAUUUAUUGGGAUUAUUCAAAUUAGUGUUAGACAGAGUCGUCCAUUUUGGUGCUGGUCUUCAUUAUAUUUUUGAUGAUCAUGAUUUUCUUUGGUGUUUACAGGAUAAACAGCAUGAGAAAUUUCAAUUUUGAUAAUAGACUACAUUUGUUUGAUCUAAUUACCUUGAACUAAAACAUGUAGUGUGUUUACAUGUGGAGUCCAUCCUUAUAUACACCUUCACACAAAUAGAUAGAUAAGUACCAUCACAUUUUAGGAAAAUAAAAAAAGUAUGUUGUUGGUUAAAAAAAAAAAAGUAUAUGCAAUGGAAGUCCUUCAAGUUUUAGUAGAUGCAAUAUAUUCAUGACAUGAGGUUUGUAGUAGUGACUGGUAUAUAAAAAGUUCUUGAGUUCUAAAAUAUAAUUAUUGGUUGUUUUAGAGAAUUCAUUUUAGAGCCUUGUAGUUGAUCACAUUGUUGACUUUCAGCUUGAAAUGUUUCACUAUAUAAAGAAAAUGAAAAUUAAAUACUUCUGUAAUCCCAGUGGAUUACAGGACAUUUAGUGAAAUUUCAGAUCACACUAGUGUUGCUAGGCAAGACAGUCACCAUUUCAAUAGUUUCAUUAUGUUAUGAAGCAAGUGAUGAGUCAUAAAGAAGAAUAACCUGGGUAUAAGUUAUUUUAGAGAGAAAUCACUGCAUAGAUAUGACAUGGUAAUUAUGUAGUGGUCAUGGUGCAAAAGGAAAAUCUGAAUAAGAGGCAAAUAAAUGUGCUAAUUUUAAAAUAAAGAAAAU